UUUCCUUGCGGGUAUCAGUGGUCUUUGACGCGGGGAAGGGGGUCGGGGGGACAGGUGUAGACCAGGACCUUGGUUAUUGGUAUAACUGCCAAUAUCCAAGGGUUGCCAAGGGUUGGGUGGGCGGAGUUCCCCCGCCCAGGCCGAGUCUCUCCAGAAAGACUUCGGAGGAGCUUACUCCACUCCCCGGACGGUCCCAGUGGCUUCGUUCUCCACGGCCCAGAAGGGGGCCGUAGCUUCCGAUUAGAGCUGGGGCGCUCUAGGAAAUGAGGGUGACCAUAGCUCCCCAGACCAAACCUGUCUUUUCCACCAACGAGCUGGCGCAUUUAUCGCCCCCGAGGGCUCCGGGAAACCAGCAGGAGAGUGGCGUCGGGUUGCGAGCCUCUUGCCCCACCGAGUGGGGGGAGAAAGUGGUCAGAGGAGCGUUCCGCGGGGCGCUGCGUGCAGAAAAGCGACCGGCGGCCACAGCUCAAAUUGAAAUUAUUCCAUGCAAGAUCUGUGGAGACAAAUCAUCAGGAAUCCAUUAUGGUGUCAUUACAUGUGAAGGCUGCAAGGGCUUUUUCAGGAGAAGUCAGCAAAGCAAUGCCACCUACUCCUGUCCUCGUCAGAAGAACUGUUUGAUUGAUCGAACCAGUAGAAACCGCUGCCAGCACUGUCGAUUACAGAAAUGCCUUGCCGUAGGGAUGUCUCGAGAUGCUGUAAAAUUUGGCCGAAUGUCAAAAAAGCAGAGAGACAGCUUGUAUGCAGAAGUACAGAAACACCGGAUGCAGCAGCAGCAGCGCGACCACCAGCAGCAGCCUGGAGAGGCUGAGCCGCUGACGCCCACCUACAACAUCUCAGCCAACGGGCUGACGGAACUUCACGACGACCUCAGUAACUACAUUGACGGGCACACCCCUGAGGGGAGUAAGGCAGACUCCGCCGUCAGCAGCUUCUACCUGGACAUACAGCCUUCCCCAGACCAGUCAGGUCUUGAUAUCAAUGGAAUCAAACCAGAACCAAUAUGUGACUACACACCAGCAUCAGGCUUCUUUCCCUACUGUUCGUUCACCAACGGCGAGACUUCCCCAACAGUGUCCAUGGCAGAAUUAGAACACCUUGCACAGAAUAUAUCUAAAUCGCAUCUGGAAACCUGCCAAUACUUGAGAGAAGAGCUCCAGCAGAUAACGUGGCAGACCUUUUUACAGGAAGAAAUUGAGAACUAUCAAAACAAGCAGCGGGAGGUGAUGUGGCAAUUGUGUGCCAUCAAAAUUACAGAAGCUAUACAGUAUGUGGUGGAGUUUGCCAAACGCAUUGAUGGAUUUAUGGAACUGUGUCAAAAUGAUCAAAUUGUGCUUCUAAAAGCAGGUUCUCUAGAGGUGGUGUUUAUCAGAAUGUGCCGUGCCUUUGACUCUCAGAACAACACCGUGUACUUUGAUGGGAAGUAUGCCAGCCCCGACGUCUUCAAAUCCUUAGGUUGUGAAGACUUUAUUAGCUUUGUGUUUGAAUUUGGAAAGAGUUUAUGUUCUAUGCACCUGACUGAAGAUGAAAUUGCAUUAUUUUCUGCAUUCGUACUGAUGUCAGCAGAUCGCUCAUGGCUGCAAGAAAAGGUAAAAAUUGAAAAACUGCAACAGAAAAUUCAGCUAGCUCUUCAACAUGUCCUACAGAAGAAUCACCGAGAAGAUGGAAUACUAACAAAGUUAAUAUGCAAGGUGUCUACAUUAAGAGCCUUAUGUGGACGACAUACAGAAAAGCUAAUGGCAUUUAAAGCAAUAUACCCAGACAUUGUGCGACUUCAUUUUCCUCCAUUAUACAAGGAGUUGUUCACUUCAGAAUUUGAGCCAGCAAUGCAAAUUGAUGGGUAAAUGUUAUCACCUAAGCACUUCUAGAAUGUCUGAAGUACAAACAUGAAAAACAAACAAAAAAAUUAACCGAGACACUUUAUAUGGCCCUGCACAGACCUGGAGCGCCACACACUGCACAUCUUUUGGUGAUCGGGGUCAGGCAAAGGAGGGGAAACAAUGAAAACAAAUAAAAGUUGAACUUGUUUUUCUCAUGCAUAUGAUUUCCAUUAUGCCUACAGAUAUGGACCCUUUUUCUGUCUUGACUUCUUGAUCGUUGACCUCUGUUUACAACAGAAGGAGGGUACUAAAGUCGGAGGAUUUCCUUUUCUUGUAGCUCACUGCCCACAGACUUUCUACAGAGUCACCAAUCUGUCAGUAACAACAGAGAGUCCAGCAAUAAUCGGUGACUGGUGUGCAUAGCGGAGGUUGCGGCAUUACUUUGCACAACUAGCUCUUUGUUUCAUGAAGGAAGUUUUUAUUUUUUCACCGAUUAUUGCCAGUCCGCAGGAUGGCAUGAAAAGGGUCCAUAGCAGUAGCAACAAUAGCAUUAUAAUAUAUUACAGGGUAAAUGGGCAUGAAGACUAUAUAUAGCUAAAAGAGAUAUUGUUUAUAUAUUGUUUUAAGUAAUAUAAAAUGUAGUUACUGGUGUAGCUUUUCCUGUUGAAUUGAUAAGGCACUUUCAUUUUGCACCUUUUUCUUUAAAUUAAAUGCUAGCGUGUUCACUGUCGUGUCGCAUGUGCACCAGAAACACAAGUUUAACUGAGAAGGCUUGGAAGGUACGUUGGGAGGUAUUUAUGCUGCUGUUUACAAAAUUACUUUUAAAAGACUGGCUGGUCAUAUCUAGAAAUCACCACGUUGGAUUUUUUUUUUUAACAUGUGAAUUUGGAAUUAGAAACAGAACUCUCCCUAAAUUAUACUUUGCUUUUUGGUAAGUUUAAUGAUAGAUGUGUUUAUGCUUCAUACAAAGUUGAAUGACUGAUUGGCGCGGUGGACGUAUACCAUCAUGCUCUUUUUUUUUUAAGGCUUUUUAAAAUGCCACCUCAUGGAGGCAAGGGGGAGAAGAAGCUCAUUUUAUACAAUUCAGUAGUUAAAUAUGGACUCGACUCGGUCUCAACUUGGAAUUCUUAUGCUUCGAGAACAAAUCAAUAACCAGAAUAUUUAUUGGAAUCUAGCUUUUAUUAUAAGAAGGACCCAAAGAGUAUAUCUUGAGCAAAUGCACACUCCCCAUGUGAGGACAUGAAGCAUUUACUUUGUGAAUGUUUAUGUUCUUGGUAUAAUCUAGGAACUUUAUGAGUUUAUCUCAGAGUGAACUAAUUCUAGAUUUGUUGUCAAUAGAUGCUAUAAUUCAAGAAUGUUGCUCUCCAUGUUUGAAAAACGAUGGAUAGGAGGGUGAGGGAAGCAUACAAUGUUGAACCAGUUUCUCUUAUUUAAAUAUUAAAUACUUUAAGCCUUUAAAGUGAAGUUGAUGCUAGCUGCAAACAUUUACUCUUGUAUUUAUCUUCACUAGGAAACUGUGGACUGUAAUUUAUUUUAUUAAAUAUUUAGAAGAUUAUUUGGCUUGUGUGUUCAGGUGAGAAAUACUGAGUUGUUUUUGUUUAAUUUCAUGGUUUCUUUUUUAAAUAAUCCCUAGUGGGGGAAGGGGAAAGGAACAGUCUAAUAAACAGGUGUGCAUAUUUUAAAAACAAGUGACCUUUUGGGAAUGUAGGCAUUUAGAUGAUGAUUUUAGUCGCACUAGGGGUGGGAUUCAAACUACUGGUCAAAGACCAUUUUGUACAGAAAAGGGAACAUCUCCGAUGGGUGUUAAGGUAGGAGUUUCCACGCAGCCCUUUAUGUCUGAGAAAUAGUCUCCUCUGCCAUUGGGGUCCCUGCGGAAUCUUCUACAGGAAUUGCAGCUCUUCACGUCAUGCUGGGUUACCAGCAUGGGCUUCCCAGAGCACUUCACUCUGUUUCUAACUCCACUGAUUUUUCUGACUUGUUUCCUGAGGGACUUGGAAAAGGGGAAGGUAUUAUUCACACAGAUGUGUGUAUGAAGCCUAAAUAACAUCCAAUUUUUUUUCCAAAAACAUAGUAAGGGUUUAACCAUAAAUAGAAGAUAAGAGUAAUAUUCCUUUAAAUUUCUUACAGGCAUGUAAAAUUUUAUGUGUUUAUAGAGAGAUGCUAACUGUCAGCAUAUAGUAUUUAUAUUGGGGCAAGAAGGGUUAAAUCAAAUCUUUAAUUUAAGUAAGCAUAGUUCCUUUAAAGAUCAAUAGUAUUUAUACUCUGAAAAGAGUACCAAGCUUAGUUCAGUUAUUUAUUUAUCCAUUUUUUUUCUAUUAUUUCUCCUCUGGGGGAAAAUGGUGUUUUGUUUUUGUUUGAGUUUUGUGUUUUGGUUUUUUGGUUUUGGUUUUGUUUUGGUUGUCAUUCAGAUUCACUAAAUUUGGGGAUGGUUUUAUUAAAGUAUAUUAACUUCUUUUUAACCAAAGCUUUCUGAAUAUGACCAGCCUCAGGUGCUAGCGCAUUAAAGAGCAACUAAACCUAAUUCCAGUGUCGAUUUGUGAAAUAAUAAAAGCUAAUCGAAUUUCUCUAAGGGUGAGAGAGAACAUAAUGAUGAACUUAAGAAGAAAUUCCUUUUCCCAGAAAGGAUUCUGCAUGUACCUAAAAAAUCAUGCUGUAACCACAGUAAUAGUCAUGCCAUGGUGACAAUGCUUUUACGGUAAACCAAGAUAGGUAAUAUGAUGCUUCUUCCCAGGUGUUUCUGAAAGAAAAGCAGGGGUGGAGCUUAAGAGCCAAGUCCACUGAUUGACAUAGUAGAAUGGAAUUGUAGACAGAGACAUGCUCCGUGAAACAAGGAAACAACUGACUACUAUUUGGAUCUAAGUUGGGAUCUGAUGUUAAACAAUAAAUUUAAUUUAAAAAAAUAUGGAGCUCAGAAAAGGAUGUAAAAAACUUUGCAUUUUCCUUUCUUCAUUAUUAUAAAAACACCUAUGUGAUGACAUAAAAUACUUGGGUGGUAUCAGAACAAUUAUCCUUAAUAGUUUUUAUAAUUAAAGUUUCCUAAACUUCAAUCUCCAAUAGUCUUUUAAGGAUUGGAACCACAUCACUGUCAGCCCCGCUGCUACAAUGCCUUUAUACAAUUUUUUUACAUAAGGCAAAUAAGGCUUUUGUACAAAGCCUGAAUACCUUCUGUUCCAAUGGUGUCCAAAUGGUUAUUAUAUUGUGAAAAACCUGGCCUUGGUCACAGUGCAAACAGAAGUACAGAUGAAAGUGCUUUUUGGACAGUUUGCAACUGUGUUAAAGCUAUGGAUUUUUUUUAAAGUGUUCAGCAUCUUAACGUGUAUUAAAGCUAUGGAUUUUUUUUAAAGUCUUCAGCAUCCUAAUUCACCCUUUCUAACUUAAGAAAAACAUGACUUAAGACACUGCUUCUAAGUUUGGUUGUUCUUUAUAGUGUGGAUACCCAGUUAUCUGUGAGCGUAUGGGGGUGGGCUGAGGGUCAGGUGAGGAAGGAGUGGGGGGGUGUGUGUGUGUGUGUGAUUUGCAUGUGUAUGAUGUGUGUGCGUCGGACCGCUUCUAGGCUACUAAGUGUCAAUGGAAAAGAAAAUGUAUUCAAAAUACUUAAAUCAAAACUAGAAGAUGGGGAAAAAAAGAUUUAUUCUAUACAAAGCCUUGUCUGGACCACUUUAGAGAGACUUCUAUUUUUUUAACCCUUCUAUAAAUAUUUGAUGGCACUUGAAAUAUUCCUGCAAUAAAAUGUGAUUUGUGUAAAGAAAAAAAGAUUUUGUAAUGUGAAACAAAGAAAGAAAGUAAUGUAAUUUUCUAAAAAAAAAAAUACAAACAAACAAACUUUGUAUUAUUUUCUUGAUGGAAUUUGUCUAUCUGUCUUUGGAAAACUUUUUAUUUCAUUGAAUGUGCCAUAGUAGAAAUGUGUGUUUUUAGUUUUAGACUAAGGAAUAGCUAGUUGUUGUGUUCCGACAUUCCAAAAUGCAAAACAACCUAGUAGUAUCUUUCAUGAAAAGGUUUAAGUAGUAUGUAAGCUUCUCUCAUUGUUGCUUUUUUGCACAUGUUCUUCAUUCCUCUCUAGUGCAAUAUGUACAUAGAGCACUUGCGGGUGUACCUUGAUCCCUCAGGGAAAAAUACAUAUUUGUACAGUUUUUUGGGGUUUUUUUGUUUUUUGUUUUUUUUUGUUUUGCCUUUUGUUUUUGGCUAAGGAAUGUCGAUCGAAUCACUUGUUAUUGUUGAGGGGCAGCCAGAUAAUAAUCCUAAAGCCACUGUUUCAAACAUUGAUUGUUUAAAUCAUAUGUCCUUCCAAUGCUAUUAUUUUAAGAUAAUAAUAAAAAGUUAUUUUCUGACA